AUGAUGUUGCGAUCCGGAGUCCAUCUUGGAAAAGGAAGUCAGCACCUCAUGCGUCUUGAUGGAGGAGGCCACCAAGACCAAUCACAUGAUGGUAGCAGCCACCAUCAACCUAAUAGCGGAAAUCAAUUGUAUGGUGAUGACAGUCACCAUCAUGAGCAUGGUAUGAACCAGUCACAUCAUGAUAGUGACCGUCAAUUACACCAUCACCACAACCAAACUCACCUCGGAGACGACCACCUAAGGGGAAAACAUUCCGAGCACGCAUCCCAUCAUGAGAGCGUGUCGAGGCGUGCUCCGGAAGAUGGGAAGCGUGUUGCAGCAUUAGAACAACAUGUUUAG